AGGGCUUCCCAGGCUGAGGCACUAAAAUUCAAUCUUCGAGGAAAACGGAAGAAGGUUCAAAAUGGCUUUAGCCGUGACUUUGGCUUCACACAUUCCUUUCCUUUUUGUGAUACUCCGAGCACAGGAGCUGUCUGCAACUUGCUUGGGACGGGAGGACCAAAUUCAACGUUAUAUGAUUUCAUCGGAGCCGCCAUUUGAUAACUACUACAGUAUUUCUAAGGCUGUGUAUCCCUCUGUGGAUCUACCGUCCUUGUUGAUCAAGAUCACGGUUAAGUUUCUGCCAACAGCGGAUCAUAAUCUCACAAACAGUAGUACAGCAGGGGCAGACGUUCUCCAAACUACGGAAAAUGGGACCAGAACAUUCAAUCUCACAAAUAGUAGUACAGCAAGGGCAGACGCUCGCCAAAUUACGGAAAAUGAGACCAGGACAUUCAAGUUUACGUGGAGUGUAUCCUGUUUAUAUGUCAGUGGAGGAAACAUAAGCUUGACUUCCAUGAAUGUGUUUUCCUUGUGGGCCAUUUAUCCAAACAGGCGAGAAAGGCAGCUACACUUAACAUUGCCACAGUUUUGCAAGGGAUUUUCCAGUGACACUAUGAUUUACUUCCUCUCCACGGUAGGAGUUUUCGACAGUGUAUUUAUAGAUGUUCAUAAAACAAAUCCCUGGUACACCGUUAAAUUAAUUAUCCUCUAUUAGGUUAAUAUAAAGCCUCAAAACUUAAAACUGGUUUACACCUAACAUCACAGCAGCCAUAUUGGUGGUGAAAAACAAAGGUGAUUUCCUCCACUGGGAACUAAACUCUAUUUUCAUGCAAAUUCUGAGAAAGCAAGAAUUUCUAUAUUAUCUGCCACCAACACGGCCAAUUUGCAAUGUCUGGUUGCAAACCGAAAACUGAGCAGCCUCCUAAUAAACUUGAGAAGGGACAUGUGUCUACUUUAAAAAAGGCUGGUUUUUGCAAGCGACAGAGUCAGAUUCAGAAUUGUAAGCUGAGUUGUAAGAGUACUUAUGACCUUGUGAAAAUCAAAAAUCGAAGUUGUAAGCAGAGUAAAGUGCAACAGAAUUGGAGUCAAAAGAAGAACUAGAAAUUUAUAAUUUGUCUUUUGACCCUUAUGGUUCCUUCUCUUACAAUCUAGUGGAAAACCAGAUUGUCAGAUUGCAAAGCAGAAAAUGUAUAUUUAAUUACCAAACUACCAAAGGAAAAGCACCAUAAAUGACCCAAAAAACACCCAGGGCAUCUAUUUAAUUUCAGGGCUCAAGCAGGGACAUUAAUUUAUUAGAUAGCAGGAGUUUUAAAGUAGAGAAAGGCAUUAUUUUAUUUUCAUGACUGUAACAAGCUCAAGAAAACUACCUAAUAUGCAUUCAAGAGUUUAAAAAUAUUCACUUCAUCAACUGAUAUGUCUAGGCUGUCUAGAGAUCCAGAUCGCACUUUCAAAUCCCAACAUCGAUGUCAGAAUCCUUGCUCAGGGUUAUUGUCACUGCCAUCAUUAGUCUAUCCUUACUUUGAACAUGACAUUGAAUAAGAUGAAAUAUGCAAAGCCUUGCUAGUCAAGCAAGAAACUGAAUAAAUUGAAUGAUUUUGCUCCUUUUUGCUAAUUCCUUGUAUUUUGUAGUAAUUUUCAAAAGGGACAUCUAUUAGACUUAAGGCAUUUAUUAGAAAGGGGUGUCUGAUACAAUUUUAACAGCAUAGAGGGGGCAUUUAUUAGAAAAGAGGUAUUUGGAAGUGGGUGUUUAUUAGGUCAUUUACGGUAUCCAAAAGGAUACGCUUGCAUAAUAGCUUGCAAGAUGCAGUAAGUGCAAGUAUUGUUUAUUGUCCAAGUGCUUUUCUUGUACAGUUGUUGUGGUUUUAAUCUGUGACAUUUGAAACCUGUAUUGGUAGCUCCAAAAAGUAUCCACCGCACCCACCAUGGAGCGUCACUAGAAAUCUGGGGGGGCCUUCUUACAGGAACAAAUCCUUUGUUAAAAGUAAGCCUGGAGCCUAAACUAGAAUUUUCAGAGGAGUGGAGGGAGAGCGGCUUCAACCAAAAACCCCAAACAAAACAACACAAUGUACAAUAUACAAUAAGGGACAAAAGUUAUCAUUUUUUAAGAGUACUGUCAAAAUUGUAGAAGAAAACUUUCUUCUACAGUUUUCACAGUACUUUUAAAAAAUGAUAACUGACUUCUUAAAUAGCAUGUAAUGAUUAGAUAGUAUUUUAUAAUAUUUUUAGCUUUUAAAUAUGCAUGUUGUAUUUUAGAGCAUGCACAUAGAUAUAGUGUUUUUAUUAUAUAAAUAUCUUUUGAAUAGGCAUUGUCUCGCAUUGUCACUGAAAAGCCCCACCAGGGGAGUGUCAAUAAACUACUGUAUUGUAUAAACAACACUGAUUUUGGGGGGGGGGGGGGGGGUUAUGGCAUUUAAAUAGAUUGAAAUAAUAAAUGCAUGAAAUUGUUUCCUCUUAACUGCCGUUAUUACUCUGAUUUAUAGUUGCAGGACAUAGCAGUAUUACCACAUCGUCCUGACCCAAGUCUGAACACAGUAGAGUGUGUUACUAUGGGUCAUGGCAAAGCUUCACAUUUUACUGGAUGGAAGCAGCUAUUUCAUUGGGUAUGCUGGUGCAUUCUCUGUAUUAGUUUAUUUGUCAGUCAGUAUGCUUCACAGUGGCUUAUUGUGCAGUUAAGGAUUUGGAAAAAGGCUAAAAAUAACAGCAAAGUUGUUGCAGUAAUGUGGUUAUGCUUGGUUGUUUUUGCUUCUGGUCUGUUGUUAAUUUCCUGUGCCUGGUAUCGUUCCACUUGUGUAUAUGUGCGUGUAUUUUUUGGAUUUGUGAUGUGUGUGCUUUUUCGGCGGGCUAUUUGGUGUACCUGUAUACACUGCAUUUUUGGAGAUAAAAAUUUUUUUGGGUGCUUCACAAAGGGUCAUGAGGAACCAAGGACCACAAAAAUUGAUUUGUGCUUUAUAGAGGGUCAUGAGGAACCAACGAGCACAAAUAUCAUUUCUUGUUUCAUACUUUACCCAGCAGUAUUCAUGGGGUGCCACCACUUACUGUGGAUAUUGCUUGGAAUUAUAACUGAACCAUUUUGGGGAAUUUCAGUUUUAGUGGCUGUACUUUCCAUUUCUGCUGUUCUGUUCUUCUUAACUUACGAGUUCCACAAAGCAUUCCCUUCCCCAGAAUGUAGUAUUCCAUUUAUGAUGUCUUUAAUUCUUAUCCCAGGUAUUUUUCUUGCAUUUGUACUGUUAAUAUUGGUCCUCUUAGUAAUUUCACAGUCGUUCCUUAGUGAGAGCCUUAUUUCCACGUUGGUUCAAAACGGUUUGGUGUCUUUUGUAACUUGGUGGCUUACACAUCUGAAGGUAGAUCCUCGUGAAAAUCCAGCUAGAGCAAAUGAAAGGGAACCUGGAACAAGACAGGACAAAAUCCCAUUACAACAGCUACCACAAGGGAGCAGUUGAAUACAAGCAGAAUUUUUAUUCACUCGUUUUUCCUGAGAAGGUAGUUCUCCCCUUUUUAGCGUUUAGCUGGUAAGAAUAAUUAGAGCAACCAAUCUGAUAAAGAGUACUCAUAAAAGCUUUUCCUUUAUGAGCGUUCAAGCGACAAGUAUGAUAACCAAAAGAUGUCACUUAUGAAUUUAAACUCCAUUUAUCAUCACAUACCUGACAUAGUUUAGAAAUGCUCCAUAUCACAAUUUAGUCACUACCCAGCUAUGCCCCGAUAGUACGACCAUAUUUUCAUGGCCUAGCUGUAGUCGUAUAACAAGCGUCCCUCUGUAUAGUCUGUUACAAGCGUUUAGAUUGCGGAGGCUUCGCAAAGGGAUGUGAGCAGAAAAUUUGCGAGGGAGUAGGCAUACUCCAUAAUCUAAAGGCCUAGAACAGACUUAGGGUAAACGGAUCGCUGUUGUUGCUGUUCGCCGCUUCACUGGACACGAAGCUUAAGGUGCUAUUCAAUGAAGCUCGGAAUUUUUAUUAAA